GCAAGUUUCGACGGAGUAAUUUCGCUCGCCACAUUAGACUCGUGCAUAAACGAAGAGAAUACCGCUGCGCAGUGGAAUUUUGCGAUAAAGUCUUCAGGAGGCAGGACGCACUCAAGAAGCACUUCGAUAAGAAGCAUCGAAGGCCCUAAGGUCUGGCUGUGCCGCACUCCAGAUGUCAAAAUGCUUCCAAUCCUGUCGAGCGACGAAGGUGCGCAGCCGGACAGGUUCAAUUCCCGUGGCGGAACUGUUCAAUGCAGUCCCGGGCUUGCGCAGAGCUCUAGGUCCCUCACCUUCAACAUAUUCAAGAGCUUCGUAUGUCGAGCCACAUUCUGCUGUCUCUCCACUGAUACUCCUGCUCUUGCUGUCUUUACAUGCUCAUUUCUACAUUCUCACACUCUGGACAUAUUCAUUCCCUUUCCUGUUUUGGCUCUCUUUCUCGAUACCACAAUCGCGUUUCAACUAAUUCGAUAUCCGUGUCCCCGUCCAUGCGAUAUUCAUUCUCUUUCCCUUUGUACAUCUUCUGUCAUAGCUAGGGCCUCGGUAUUUCACACGUUUCCAUGUUCUUGCGCGAUAG